AUGUUCCGUGCUUUCCUGGUUUUGGUGCUCCUUCCUUUGGUUGCUUGCCAGUUUGGAUUCCCGGGAAAUAAUGGCAACUCCAACUCUGGCUCCACUAUUCUACCUUGCGGUUUCAGUAAGUUCAUUUAUUUCUUAUUAAAAAUGAAGGAAAAUGAAAAUUCUCAGAAGCUUUUUUUUUUCAUUUUUUUCUGGAAGAAAACUUCGAUUUUCUUAGGUUGCACGGCGCGAGCAACUCUGACGACCAACGUUGACAACACCUUCUCUCAAGCUUCAUGCAAUGACGGAAACGUAGCCUCCAGAUGCAACGGCUGCUGUGUGGCUCGGGGUCUUCAGGCCGGAAUCAGCACUGUUAGAUUUUUUUUUCUGAAUUCUAAUAUUCUGUGAGCUUCUCUCAUUGAUAUUUCAAUUUUUAGACGAACUCUGUCGGUUUCCAAUCUCUGAACGGCGCCUGCGUCUGUUGCUUCUCAAACAGCAACAAAAACUGCGGAAACGGCGGUCCUGUUGUAUUCUUCACCGGAGGAAACAACCAGAAAUAA